AUGCAUGAGUCCAUGGACUUUAGUCUGGAUGCAGAUAGUCCCAUCAACACUCCUGUUCUCCCAUGCAGUCCUGCCUUUUACCUCUCUAACUGCCAGCAGUCUUACAGAAUGAAUUCAUCCCCCCGUGGCUUUACCUUGGUGAUCAGUAACGUGACCUUUGACCCUUGUGCUGCUGCUGACCUUGACCCCAGGAAGGGAGGUGAAGUUGAUGAUGAGGUCCUCCGGAAGGUCUUCACAGAGCUGGACUACUCAGUCACUGUCCACAGAGACCUCACUGCUCAGGGCAUGAGGUCAUGCAUUGAGAAUUUUUGCCGAUGGCCAGACCACCGGACAGUGGACAGUUGUGUGGUGUGUCUGCUCUCCCAUGGAGUGGAAGGAGCUGUGUAUGGCACAGACGGACAGCUCCUGCAGCUGGACUGGGUGUUUGAGGCCUUUGACAAUGCACACUGUCCACAGCUACAAAAUAAACCAAAGAUGUUUUUCAUCCAGGCCUGCAGGGGAGAUGAAAUGGACUGUGGAGUGGAGCAGAUAGAUGGACCAGCAAGGACCUGCUCACCAAGCUGUGAACAGCGAGAUGCUGGGAGGGAAGGACAGGGGGAUGCAGACUCUAGACAGAGUGGGAACAUCGGGAGGCCUAGGAUUAAACUGCCCCAGCGGUCUGACAUGAUCUGCGGCUUUGCAUCUCUCAAAGGCACAGCAGCCAUGCGAAACACCAAGAGAGGAUCCUGGUUUAUUCAGGAACUUAACACAGCGCUUCGCCUCAAUGCCAGAGACACACACCUCGCAGACAUUCUGGUGCAGGUCAACGGGCGUAUCAAGGAGCGGGAGGGUUACGCCCCGGGCACCGCCCACCAUCGCUGCAAAGAGAUGUCAGAGUUCACCAGCUCAUUGUGCAAAGACCUUUACCUGUUCCCAAAUCCCGCAGUGGAGCUGGAUGUCUCGCAGCCUCUGGAUCAUCUGGGGAAGAGCGCGGUUGGGAAGGACUUCAUCUGUGGUUUUUGA